AGGAACUGGGUUUUUUCAUAUCCCCUUUAAAUGAGACCAGAUGGAGGCAGAGGCAAAUUCAGGCUCCCCAGAGGACAGCUGGGCAUUCAUCCAGAAGCCUGGUGAAGGUUGCCGAACUGUCCCCCUGGCUGGACAUGUGGGGUUUGACAGCUUGCCCGACCAGCUGGUGAAUAAGUCAGUCAGCCAGGGCUUCUGCUUCAACAUCCUGUGCGUGGGAGAGACAGGUUUGGGCAAGUCCACCCUCAUGGACACCCUGUUCAACACCAAGUUCGAGGGGGAGCCAGCCACCCACACACAGCCGGGUGUCCAGCUCCGGUCCAAUACAUAUGACCUUCAAGAAGGCAACGUGGGGCUAAAGCUCACCAUUGUUAGCACAGUGGGCUUCGGGGACCAGAUCAACAAGGAGGACAGCUACAAGCCCAUUGUGGAAUUCAUCGACGCCCAAUUUGAGGCCUACCUGCAGGAGGAGCUGAAGAUCCUCAGGGUACUGCACAACUACCAUGAUUCCCGCAUCCACGCCUGCUUGUACUUCAUCGCCCCCACGGGUCAUUCCUUGAAGUCUCUGGACCUAGUGACGAUGAAGAAGCUGGACAGUAAGGUAAACAUCAUCCCCAUCAUUGCCAAAUCAGAUGCCAUUUCUAAGAGUGAGCUAACAAAGUUCAAAAUCAAAAUCACCAGCGAGCUUGUCAGCAAUGGAGUCCAGAUCUACCAGUUCCCUACAGAUGAUGAGUCGGUGGCAGAGAUCAACGGAACCAUGAACGCCCACCUGCCGUUUGCUGUCAUUGGUAGCACAGAAGAACUGAAGAUAGGGAACAAGAUGAUGAAGGCACGGCAGUACCCCUGGGGCACGGUGCAGGUUGAAAAUGAAGCCCACUGCGACUUUGUGAAGCUGCGGGAGAUGCUGAUACGGAUCAACAUGGAGGACCUCCGGGAGCAGACCCACAGCCGGCACUAUGAGCUGUACCGCCGCUGUAAGCUGGAGGAGAUGGGCUUUAAGGACACCGACCCCGACAGCAAACCCUUCAGUUUACAGGAGACGUAUGAGGCCAAAAGAAAUGAGUUCCUAGGGGAGCUCCAGAAAAAAGAAGAGGAGAUGAGACAGAUGUUCGUCCAGAGAGUCAAAGAGAAAGAAGCUGAACUUAAAGAGGCAGAAAAAGAGCUGCACGAGAAAUUUGACCGUCUGAAGAAGCUACACCAGGAUGAGAAGAAGAAGCUGGAGGAUAAGAAGAAAUUGCUGGACGAUGAAGUGAACGCUUUCAAGCAGAGAAAGACGGCAGCCGAGCUGCUGCAGUCCCAGGGCUCCCAGGCUGGAGGCGCACAGACUCUGAAAAGAGACAAAGAGAAGAAGAAUAAUCCAUGGCUGUGUACUGAAUAGUAUUCCCCGCUACAGCUGGACUGGACUCCAUUUAGCCUUUUAAGCCAAGGUUCCUAUUGUAACUGACAGCUUUCCUUUGGAGCGCCAGGCAGCUGGGUCCCCUGCCCCUGCCAUGUACUUCCACUUCAAGCCCCACCUCUUCUUUUGAUUUCUGCCUCACAGUCCCACUGGCACUGACCAUGACCUUCUUCUUUUUUAUUUUUGAGGUUUUUUUUUUUUUUUGGUCACUUUCUUUCAAAACACACAAACAAGGCUAUGCGAAAUUUUCAGGCCUUUUUGAAGUAUUGAGAAUGGGGAGGGGGGUUCUCGCUUCAAUAAUAGAUAAUGACAGGAAGCAAAAAGUAGAAAAAACAAAAAGCAAACAAAUGCACACACUUUAUCUUUUCUUGUUGGCAAAGCAAGAGUGCAGUUUUGAUAUGUAUUGUUUGGUGAGUCACUGAUUGGUGAGUGGCCAGAAGCAAGUAUGAAGGUGGUGCUGCGAAAGCAUAAGCUAGUUUCUUGAGAAAAUCCAAGUCACACAGUGGAGCAUUUUAGGAGACCCUGUGCUCGGAGAUUUAAAAAACAAAAAAACUUGGGUACUCAGCCAGUAGCUCAGGGAGAUGCUAAGCUAGGGCUGUCAGGUCUCCUUGGGAAAGGCUACUUAUUUGCAGCUUUGAUGUUUCUGUGACCAGUUUCACGGCUGCUUCCCAAGAAUCCCAAACUUAAACAACUAAUCGGUCUCCAUCCGCCGUAAUUAUUUGCAUUACAAAUAGGAGGCCCCCUCAUUUGCAUUUGUUUACAGAUUAACUACUUGAGGCUUGAGGAGCUCUGAAAACUUCAAAAGGUAUUAGAGCCACCCAGCCUUUGAGAGACCUUCAGAGACUAGGCAGGAAUUUUGUAUGAAGGGAGACAUUUUGGUCCAGAAGACAGGACCCACUUUUUUGUAAGAGGAAAUUGAGGCCCCGAGAAAUGAAGGGACUUGCCAGACACCCCAGUCCUGUUUCAUGGCAGAAGCCAGGCUAAAUUCAGUGUCUCCUGAGUCCCGAGCCAUUUUACAAAUGGACUCAAUGUGUUCAUGUAUGUUCCUGGAGACAAGUCUUUUGAUGUUCCGGAGAAAAUGAAUAGUUAGUAUUAGAGGGCCUUUGAGGUUUUUAUCCCGUAGGAAAAUAUUCGAGGAUGGGGUGGGUAGGGAUAGGCAAAGCAGAGGACUCUAGGCCAGCUCCUGAACUGAGAACUUCCGCGGACUAUAAGAGUCACAGGCACCUGUUAGCUGCUCAGCUUUCCUGGGAGUCUGGAAUGGGGCGUGCGGAUGCGGAUGUUUAACAGGUGCCCUAGAUGAUCCUUGUCAUCAAGGAAGUUUGGUAAACAAAAAUCUUCCCUGUGAGUGAACAUGAGACCUUUAGAAAGUCAACCAAGGCUAUUAAAAGAAUUAAAAUGCUUAUUUUAUUGGGUAGCUUGUCUCACUGUAGACAGAAAGGGUUUCUUCCUUCUUCAGUGAAAAGACUUUUUAAGUGGUACAGUUAUUACUAUUUCAAAAAAUACCCUAAGUACUCUGUUUACUUCUGGUGAAACAAAACCAGUUGUUAGAAAUGGUCUGUGUCCGGCUCCACGCCCACCCCAACCGAGACUGGAAUAGAAUGGUUUUCUUGAAAAAUCCGCACGUGUACACACACCCCUCAUGUCUCUUAAGCCAAGAAGUUUGCUUUUCCUAGCUGCAGUCCAGAUCACUUUUUUUUUGUUUAUGUUUUUUGUUUUAAUUAUUUGGCAUUCACAUGUGGCUGUUAAUAUGUGCUCUCUCUUUCUCUCUUUUUUUUAUUUAAAUUAAAACAAGAAGCUUUUAACUGGUGUGUGGUGUUCUUAAAACCUUCUCAGCAGAUUUCCUGGUGGUGAUGGUCCAUCAGUGACCCCAUUUCUCACCUGUCUUCUCCAAGUAUACUCUGUGCUACCUCACACUGCCCACUUCCCUCACCCUGUCUUACUUUGAAUGUCCUUUUUCUUUAGCUAAUUUCAUGUUUUCUUUCUUUCUCU